UGGCUAUCGUUUCAGCGCGCGUUCUCAAUAAUCGAUCGCAAACUAUUUUCUAUUUCAUGAAGAAAUAAAAAUGACUGAAGUUAUUGAAAGUGUGUUAACUGGGAAAUUAAACUGUGAUCUAUUAAUUCAGUGGUUGAACAACGAGUCCAUAGAGGGUGCGCCGGACGACUGUAUACUAUUUUGUUGUAAUAGAAACGAAUUUGUUGCAUAUUUUCUAUCGUUUUUAAGGAAUCAGACAGAUGGAAUUCUUCAAGCAAACAACAGUAUACAAUUAUUAAAUCAAACACCAGAAAAACUAAGCAAGCGUAAACAUCACCGAUCAAUCAGUGAUCCUGGCAAUGAAAAUGAGAAAACUGAGAAAAGUGAAAGGAAAAUACAGGAGUCUCCAAAUAGAGAAAGAAAAAAAACUGGGCGAAGGGUUAAAACAAAAUUAUUUAGUGAGGACAAAUCAAACCAGUCUAUAUCUUCAGAUGAAUCUAGAUUGAGUGUGGGAAUUGAAAGAAUAACAAUAAGUACGCCAAUGAAAAAUGGAAUGCAACCAGAUUUUAUAGCAAGUCCUGUGACUCCAACUUCAAAGAGCUUUAGUGAACGUUGUGAUACACCACGAAUGAGUAGACAUUCUAGAUCACAAGAUAAAAGUAUUAGUUUAGGUGAUUAUUUAGUUACAGCCCAACCUAGAAGCGCCAAAAAGAAGCGAGCAAGCAAAAAUGCAUCAAACGAAGACUUGGAACCUAAAGUAGAUCUAGAUUUAAGUAAUUCAGACAUGUUUCCUGAGAUAGGGGCUAGAAAAGCCAACUCCCUUCGAUCAGAAAAACGUAGAAUCAAACCUACAGUAAUAGACAAAAGUGUGUCUUUAAAUAGUUUUACUGAUGCAUUUCAACAACCAUCUUUAGGGCUCGAAGAAAAUAUUGCAUUUAAACCGAAACCCCAAUCAAAGGACACUUCGAAAAAUUUUGACGCAGAAAGAAACAUUCUACGACAGGAGAGGCAUAAAUUAAUGGAGAAAUUCAAUAUACUUAACACCAAUGUGGCACCAAAGGUAACGCCACAAAUAAAAAUUUUACAAAAGGAAGAGAAAUCUCACAAAUUUAUAGACGCUGAUAUAAACAAAGUAUGUUUUAGGGAGAAAAUAGAGGAUUUAGUUCAAAUAUAUGACGUUUUAUUGAAGAAUAAUUUGAUUUUAAGUGUAAAUACUGAGAUAUAUUACUUAAUAACUAUUUUACUAUCGAAACAAGAGGAAGACGACUUUAGAAAGGUAGAUACAAACAUUCAGAAUAUACUUCGAACUAUUCACAAUAGUACUUGCUUUUCUGUUAAGUCUUUGUGGAAUUUGCGAUUCGUAUUGGAAAUUAUUUUGGACAAAAACGCGCUAAAAACACUGGGAGAGAACAAGAAGAUUAGGAGUUUUUUUCCAGAUCUGGCGAAAUUUUUACUUAACGCAUAUGGGUUGAAGCGCGAAAUGGAAUCUCAGAGGAAGACGAUACUAGAUAAUAGAAUAUCAAAUGGUAUUGUGUGUUUCAAUCUAGAUACGGAUAAUGCAGAUAAUUUUCCGUCGCUAUUGAGCUUUCAGAACUUUAAGAAGCAGAGGGAUAUGUUCUAUGAGAUUUUAAGAUGGUACCAAGACACACAAAAUAGUUCUAGAUCAACUCUACGUGCGCGUAUUAAGUCGUUAUUAUCGUGUGGGCCGAGUGCAGCGAAUCACGCGCAUUUAGCCAAACUAUUCGUACAUAUGUUGGCUGAUUGCUUACCACCCAAUGAACAGGAGUCAAAGUUAAGCAAGCUUCAACGUAGGCUGACUUGUCCAAAUGCGCCCGAAUCGCACAGACUACCACAUUUUACCGAAAAAGAAAUGUUCUAUAAGGACUUCAUUAUGUAUGCAGAAAACGAGUGUUUCCGAGUGCAUUUAAAAGAUGCGCUUGCGUAUGAAAUAAUUUCGUUGGAUUCUAAAUAUAUUAGAAAUGAUACAUCCAACGGAGCCGAUAACACCCGUGAGUUCCUGAUAUUGUCUAAAAAGCUAGGUCUCCUAGCCAAGUUUCUAGGAUACCUAACCUCGUUACCAUACGCCCUAGAUAUGACGGGGAAAACCGUACCAACGAUCGAAACCUAUACAACGCCAAAAGAGAAGGUCUUGGAAAACAAUUUAGCUUUGAGGAAUUAUAGUCAACCAAAUAUAGACCUAAUAGGAAUAUUAACGUCUACCCUCGAAAAUAACAAACUUUGCAUAACACUUCCAUGGUUGAUACAUUACCUCUCAAUGCUCGACUACACGACACUCCGAACUAUAUACUACAAGAACCUUCUCAAAACAAUCUUUUGCAUAUACGAAAACACCAAAAACCUGAAAAAAUUAACAAAAAUCUUUCUCAAAUCAAUGCUCGGCUGGUUGUUCGAUCUACCCCAUUUUCCCCGUGAACUAUUCGCGGAAAGUACAAGCGAAUUCAAAACGAUUACAAUCGAUGACGAAUUGAUCGAUGAAUCUGUGUUGUUCGAGUUGUGUCCGUUUUUGAAGGACAUAAAUGUCCUGCUGACCAACAAAGUGACUGAAAAGGAUAUGGGGACGUUCAGGCACAUUACACCCAUCAGUUUAAGCGUGAGUCUCGAAGAUCGGAUGAGGAAUAAGGAACGAGAAUUGCAGGCCCGUUUAGAAGAGGAAUUCCUAAAAUCGCAGCCAUCUUCAACCAGACGAGUUCUAGAAUUGGUCAUAGAGAGAGUGACUUCUAGUGCUGUGAAAGAAUUAACCGCUAGCUGUUUGAACGACGCGAGAAAGCGAUGUACAGAGAUGGCGUUUAAACUCGUCAAUAGCUCUAAGGACAAGGAUAAGACAACGUUGCUCCAAGGCCUCAACCAACUAUACACGGAGCAAUUAGAGCAUUUACGUAUAACAUCCUUAGAACAAGCACGUACGCAUAUGCGUACUCGUGUAUCGUCCGCUUUAUCCGCCUUACUACCGUCCGCUGUCGCUCAGCUACACGCUCCGCUCGUCGCCUUCGCCUGUAAAGCGUGUAACGCUAAGUUGGUUAAGUGGACGAAUGAACAUUGGAAUAGUACUGCGGUGUUAUGUAAGAACAUAAACGAAGAAUUAAACACACUUAUCAUGUUGGGUGAUAACUUCCAAAAUCAUCUAAAUGAUAAACCAAUUACUAUGGAGUUUACGACGUUUGAUAGUCCUGCGUUUGCAAUUAUAUCCUUAAAGGAACAAAUAUGCCUCCUGUUAGACUACGAAGAUGGUGACGAUAUUUAUCCAAUAUUAGAUCUAUGCGCACGUUGUACUCUUAAGAACCCGUAUUGCAGACCGCCAGCGCAGAAAGCAAUACUACAGUUGAGUGUUGAUUAUUGUAUUGUCUAUGUUAGCAGAAAACCUGAGCAAUUGAAUGAAAAAUUGCUGCUAAGCCUUCACAAUAUAUGGAACAAUUGUUGCCCGGAUCGAAAACCUUCAUCGCCCCUUGAACUCACCGUACCAGAAAGACGGGCAAGCAUUUCCCCCACGUUUACAGAUUUUAGGGAGGAAAGAGCCCCAACUCCCAAUUCUGAUGAAGAAGGUCCAAUUGGAAAAGUCAUUUAUGAUGAGAAGGAGAAAAAUGGGAAUAUCGUUAUAAAUGAUAGUAAAGUGGAAAGCCCAAAUACGGAAUCGGAUCCGAACCUGGAAUAUUUUGAUCGCAUCCUUUGUCCACGUAACAUUGUGUUGAUGAGCGAAUCAAACCGCAAAAGUUUUGAUAUAUGGCAGGCAUUAGCAGAUGUUCUAGUUUUCAUGUUAAAACAGGAUUACUUAAGUGAGGACUCCUUAACUGAACAAUGCUUGGCAGUGUAUAGGCAGGACUGGCCGCAGAAUAUCCUUGAAAACUUAUCCACAUGCAUGAAAUCUGUGUCAUCGAAAUGGAGUCGAUCGUCGACGGGAAAAUUCACAUUAUUCCUCGAUUUCCUGGCGGACUUUUGUGGGAAUAUGGACUUUGAGCCACUUGAAUAAGAAAAAUCGAGUAAGUCACAAUGCCACAUACUUUUCUUAGCCGGUAAGAGCAUUGUCAUAGACAUUAGUAUUGCCAGUAUAUAAAAAUUAAUGUUUUAAUUAAACAAUGUAUACUAGUAUCUAGAAAAUACAGUUCUAGACUUAAUUAAAUGUAAAUCAUACACACAAAUAUGUUAAGGUAUGAUAGGUUUUGUUAUCUGUACUAAUAAUAUAAUAUCUUUUAAGAUACCAAGCAAUCAAAACCGUUCGAUAGUUAAAACUUUGCGAUUAUAAUUAAUAAUGUAAGGGAUAAAAAUAAAUACAGAUAUAUAAUGAUUUAUUGUAUGCACUAAGAAAUUACAGAUAAUAAACACACACAUUCAAAAUGGCGACGGUAGAACCAAUUUCAGCUGCCGGUCUAGACAAGUAUGUGGCACUCCAAUACUUAUAAAUAUGCCUUAAUAUUAAUGUCCAUUUUUAAACCUGGUUUUAUAGAGAAUAUUACAUGUUAAUUUUAUAUAACACAUACGAAUGUUUUGACAUCAGUCGAUGAAUAGAAUCGUAGUAAUGAGUAGCAAUUUACUAGUAAUUUUUUAGAACUACUUUUGUAGUUAGCCUUUUUUAAUAAUGACAAUAAAUCAUUCUUAUAGAAAAUGCUUUAAAUCCAAGUCAUUUCUGGAUCCUAAUCAUUAAAAAAAACGAAUAAAUUUUGUUAAAAAUGGUUGCCUGGAAGAGAUCGCUCGAUAGCGAUAGUUGCUCUCCUUUUGAUUUAACCAUGUUCAAUUUUUAUAUUGUAAUGUAAAGAAGUAUAAAGAAGAAUAUAAUUAUAUUCUUAUUAUAUACAUAUUAUUAUAAUUUUUUAUAAUGUAAUGUAAGAAGAUAAGAAUAAAUAAAUAAAAUAUUUAUCUUUUUGUGAAGAGCGCAACUUGAUUAAAUUUACGUAACUCGACGUUUUGAGUUUUGAGGUUCAUAAAGAAGUUUUAUUUACACUUGAGUAACUCAUAGACAAUAUUAUACCACAUAUUUUUUGGAAUUGCAAUGUAAAUAUUAUAUUGAGUCUAAGGUCCCAAGUCUAUAUAACAAUCUUUAUGUUUACAACACUUUUAUGGGUCUAGCUAACACAAAUACUUUUUGAUGGGCUAGACCCAAACGAUUUGGCUUGGAAAUGGCCGGUCAUCAGUCACGGUCAUGACAAUCCCUAUAAAAUUUCAUUAGGCGGUAUUGGGUCACGUCUGCCCCAAAGUGUUUUUGUCUAUGUCUACUCAGUAAUGCAUAUGAAACUUAAGUUUUUGGCUUGGAUUUAAAACAAAUUUUUACAUCAAUGAAAAAUGUUUUAUUAAUUAAGAUCUAGCCUAUAGGUUGCCACUUUUUUGAAGUUGGUCAAAGGAACACCAAAUUAGAUUAAAAAUCAUUACAAUCAAUAUAAAAAUUGCCGUAGAAAACGUAGUGCUUUUAUGAACUAGUUUUCAUGUAGCAUUUUUGUAGAAAAAAUCUGUCAGUUUGUCAAAGUUAUCUUACGUAGUAUACUCAAGACAAGAAUAACAUAUGAAUUGGAAUACGGUCGUUAGUGUAAAUUUAACUUAAUAUAUAUAAACAUAUAGUUUUCUAAUCGGUCAAGACACAAUAUCGGUCAAUACAAUUCUUAUAACAUACUUAGCGUAUUUUUGGAAUAUAUGUUGUUAUUAACACGAUUAUAAUUUACUGUUUUGUUUAACAAAAAGUUUUACAUUCAUGUAUUGUAUUCGACGAAAUAUAAAUUUUAUUAUUAUAUUUGUUUGUGAUAUGAAAAUGACUUAAAGUGCCCUAGUCUUGUAAGAAAUUGACUAUAAAUGAUUUACAUAAAAUGCUUUAGAUGUAUAUUAUUUGUAUUUAGUAUUAGUUAUGUAGCUUAUAAAAUAUAAUAAAUUAAUAUAAGUAUUGAAUAUUACAAUACGAGAAUGUCGAGAUGUCAAUGAGAGUCAUAUAUUAACUAGAUGGGGAUACAAAAACAAUAAUGCAUAUUUCAACUGUGACGUUUCGAAAAAACGUACGUAUAAUCACGUAUCAUGUUGUAUGUACGCGUGCAACAAAAAACGCUUUUAGUAUCGUUUUACAUUCUCCAUUAUUGAUUUUAUAUAUUAUACUCAGUUGUGAUAACGUACGCCUCCGAGCUGGACGAAAAAGCGUAAGAUAAAACGAAAAUGUAAUUUGGUUUCUUAAGAGCAUCCAAUCACAGAUUCGCAACACGCUCCGUCUAUCUCUUAGAUCAAUCCCAAUCGAGAUCGGUAUUUAUCGGUUUGAUAUGCACUUGUUAUUGUUGAUAGUUUUAGUUCAAUUUUAAUAGAAAUAAAAAAAAAUAUUUUUAAUUCAAUUACAUAACAAUUAAAAAAGUUCAGAUAGGUUCGAAUGGAAAUUAAAUAAAGAAAUUUUUAAUAGCAAAGCUUUAAAAAGCUUACCUAACCAUGAUAAUAAUGCUAUCAAGUUCCAGUUUCCAAUACUCAAAUUUAGUGUCAUUCACCCACAAAGUGAAGAUGAAAGGUCAAUGACCUUUGCGGUUGAUUGACCUCUAGUUUCAGUCUUGGAAGCUAAAUCAGAGGACGUAUUUAUUUUACUGAAUUUUUGAUUAUUCAAGAUUUUUGACAAUCGAAUUUUUGAGGUUGUAUUAUUUUAAAAUAAUACAACCUCGUGAAAUAUCUCGUACAUAUUUGAAUUUAAUUAAAUAUUUAAAUUUUAGACAGUUUAUUGAGUUUCCGUUACAUACUGUAUACUUUUUAUAAUUUGUUUUAUUGUAAAACGUAGAAUUAAGAUAACUGGAUUCGCCAUUACCAGUUGUAUAUGUAGCUAUUACGAAAAAUGUGCUUAUGUAAAACUGCCAAUUAUAAAAUAAAAAAUAUUAAUUCAUAUGUUGUUUUAAUU